CUACACGACUCAAAGUCAUGCUAACGGUUGUGUACGCAGCUACAUUGGUCUAACGGAAGGUUGGCUUUAACGUUGAUUUCGGUGGUACAAGACCCUGGCAAAUAGUAAAACCAAAACCGUAGACAAGGGACAAGUUGGUAUUGCCUUCAUUUAGAAAUGGAAAAAUGCUAGUAAUAUUAAUUAGUGAUGCACUUCCUAAUACCUAAUACAUUUUGUUUGAAUAAGGUAUUUUUCUGUUUUUCUUUUUUUGUUGUUGUUGUUGUUUCUAAAAGAGAUUCAGACAGUUUUUUUAUCACGUGUCUGCUGGAUGAAGGGUGCAGUGAAUACAUGAUAAAUGAAAGAUGGAACUCGGAUGGAUGUUUCUCGAGACAUGAAGCAUGUCAUCUUAGAGAAACUUGGAGAGACCAUGUACAAGUACACGGCAUACCCCACACAUAAAUGCUGUAAAGAAGUGGCCUCUGCACUGGUUGUAAAGCAUCCCUGUCUGAAGGAAGUUGGAUCACCCAGCGGAGAUUGUGGAUGGAAGAAUAGCAUUAAGUUCAAGAAAAUGAGAAGAUCUGGAAUGGCUGAUGUCACGGUGAACAAGCGGAGGAAGGAUUUCCCUGAAGGAGAGACAUCAGUCAGACGACAGCUUGAAAGUGAAGCAAAGAAAAGGCUUCCUGACUCAGCUGAUGUGAAGAAAAUGAUGGAUCAGACAUUCUGUUUGUGACACGAAGAAAUUGUGGAAGAACAGCCUCCAGUCAAAAGGAUGAUGGAACGGCGGCCUCUGCUGUUCACAGAAAUCAGGUGUUCGCCGAGUUCUGUAGAGUUGCAAGUAAGAACCUCAAGAAAGACUUCUAUGAAGCUCUGGACCACCACACCACUCCUCCAGCCAAUCAAUACGCAAGCCAAUGACAUCUCAACAAGACGCACUGCUGUCCUGCAAUGUCUGCCUCUGUAUGUUGGAGAUAAUUCCACUGAAUUCUUCCUCGGCUGCUCAGAUUCGGACACUGUAUAUGACUUCACCCAGGUCCCUGUUGGGGUUCUUAGAGCCAUGACUGAGGACACACCACCACAGAUGAACAGCUUUGCAAUCAUCCUUGAAGGAAACAUUGUAAUGGACGAGAUUUCUACAACCUCUCAAGCACUUUGUCUUCUCUUUGGCUUAAUGUAUGCACUCCAUCUGGAUUAUCCCAAAGGUGUGAAGAGCACAUUUGAGUUCAUCCAGAAGAUAUUGUUGAACCUCGGGACAACAAAAGCUCAGCCCAAAACUGCAAACACUAAAAAAUGCUCUUUUGAGCUAGAUGUAGGCUAGCUGUACUUGUUGUCUACAUGAGUGUGGGUAUGAUGGGGCUGAACAAAACAUUAUUGAAUAUUGUAUGUAUUUAUUUGAACUGAAUUGGAUAUUAUAUUUGACUUAUAUAUACAUAUAUAUAUGUGUGUGUGUGUGUGUGUGUGUGUGUGUGUGUGUUUUAAUAAUGAAACUGUGGCAAAUUACUUUGUUGUGGAGCUGCAGAGGUUGCCAUAUUGUAUAAGAAACUGUGUUUGGUUCAUCACCCUCAUAAAAAUUAUGAAGCUUUACAAUAACUGUCAAAAGAAUUGCAGUAGGAUUAUUUUGUUUGUGUUUUUUUUCUGCUAACAGAAGGGUUUGGACUGACGCUGAACAAUUAAAGCAUAAACAAAAAUUGCUAUAUAGCUAAGUACUAUUAUUUAGAUUGGAGUAUAUAUGUAAUUUUGAAAUAAGAUCAAACGUUGCAAACUCUAUUAAAAGUUCUACAGAGAUGGUCUGACCUAAAAAAAAAUUGCAUUGUAUUAGAAAAUGUCUUGUCAAUAUAGCAGUGGGAUAACAUUUUUCUGUUUUUAUUUAUCUGCCAUUGUUCAGCCAAACUUGACCUUUGAUAGUAACUUUCAGACAACUUUCAGAAUAAAACAGCAUGUAGAUUGUUGUCAUUGUUCACAAAUAAUGAAAUAAAAAUGUAAUAUGGAUUUUAUAAUGCUAUUGAAAAUUUUUCAUAUUAGCUAAACUGCGGUAUAUUAAGUGCAUUUUAUUUAAAUUAAAAACUGCUCACUUACUUUGUUACAGUAUAUUAAUUUAAUGUGAAUUAUCUUAAAUGAGUUCCUGUCAACAUCAUUAAAGUGUAAGACACUAAGAUACCUGAAGUGUAGUGUAUAAUAAUUUUCAAGUAAUGCCCACUUAUUUUGGCAGAAUAU